UAAACGUUACCGGACGACGGACACCAAUUUGUUAGAAUAGCUUACUUGACCCUUCGGGUCAGAUGAGCUAAAAAGAGCAUCCACGUUGUAAUUAGAAGUGAGUUUAAAUUAAACAGUUUCUAUUUCCACUUUAUAUAUUUAUCAUUUAACAGUUUUCCUGUCAUAAUCUGAAUCAGUUUGAUUUUGAUUAAUUAUUGCUGGUAUAAUUCCAACUAUCUGUAGAAUAAUAUCCAAGAUUAACACUGCGAACCACUUGGCAUGAUUGGAAUGGCUUGCCAUCAGAUUCUGGCAGUUGUUCUUUUAACUGACAUUUUUCAAAAUAAAAUGAAAGAGAUAUAAUUCUCCUUGUUGACGAUGAAUUUAAUUGGUAUUAACCAAAAUUAUUUCCAUUAAAUGUUUAAAGACAUUACAUAUAAUGAAUAUCGACAUCAUUUUUUCUCUCAAUUAUUCUAUACAGCAGUAUAUUAAUUUUACCUACUUUAAAUUUAUAACCCUUAGAAAGCUCAUCAAUCUCCAUGUUGUACAAAAUAAAAUAUGCCAGUUUUAUAAUAUUUUUUUUCUUCUUCUUUUUUGUUUUGCAGACUGUUACAUAUUAUACACCUCGUAAUGGGCAUCACCCAGUAUCUAUUAUUUGUUUUACACUCGAUAUCAUUAAUCGGCCUCCAGUUCAUACAUCUAACAUAUUGAUGAAGUCUUCAUUGGGAAUUGAGAACAACUCGAGUGAAAACUUUAGCAUGUAGCUCUCGCUGUGUUAGGUGGGACUUAUUAUCUACUACGAAUCAAUAUCAAAGACAACUUGCUACAGAAACGGAGAUGUUUACUUUCCGACAGGUAGCAGCAGAUAAUUGCUGCACGUGAAAUGUUGUCGUCUGUUGAUUUAAAAUUUAAAUCUGACAUAUAGGAUAGCUUCAAAUUAAUUUAGUAAAGACCAAUGCAUCAGCAUGGAUUGUGAUAUUAAUGAAACGACAUCAUCCUUACAGGAAGUGAGAAACUUUACUGGAAACGAUUCGGAACACACAAUACUUAAAGGAGUUCGAAACGUGUUUUAUGACUAUGGUCUUCCGAUUGUUUGUUUGUUUGGAAUUGUGGGAAAUAUGCUCAACCUGGCGAUUCUUACAAGGAGAAAACUGAAAAGAUCAUAUCGUACUGUGGAACAAGCUGCAAAUGUUUGCUUGAUCGGAUUAGCAUUGUCUGAUCUAUUAUUCUGUACUUUUGCCUUUCCCACUACUUUCCUCCCUCGAGAUGGAAAAUAUCAGAGGAAGAAUUUUAUAUUAUAUUAUGGAAUGUAUUCAACGGCCUUCAUUAACGUUUUUAUUAUGGCUAGUACCUGGAUGACUGUUACAAUGGCAACAGAACGAUAUAUUGCAAUUUGUCAUCCGCUGAAUCAGAAGUUGUUUAUGACCUUGAGAAAGACCAAGUUAAUCAUAGUGAUAGUCUAUAUCGUUGCUUUUGCUUUUAAUGUUCCUGUUUUAUGGAGAUAUAAAAUUGAAGAAAAAUGUAUAAUUAAUUCUACAGACUUUAUCUACCGAUUAGAUUCGGUACCCCUUGGAAAUGACGCACUAAAGGACAACGUCUAUAGAAUAUUAUGGGCAAUUGUAGGCAACUUUAUCCCCCUAGUUCUUCUUAUUGGAUUUAACAUAAAAAUAUGCUGGAGAGUACAUAAAUCUUACAAAUAUCGACAGAGGUUUCAGGUGAAACACCGAGAACGGACUGAUUCUAGUAAUACUUUAACGAUAACCCUUAUUACUAUAGUUGUGAUGUUCUUCAUACUAGUUGCACCAUCAGAAAUUGUUUUAUUCUUCAUUGCAGGAAUAAGGCGAGAUGAAAAUAACAGAGAUCUGCUAAAUGCCAUAGAGGCAACCAUGAAUUUUAUGCAAACGGUAAACUUUUCCGUAAAUUUUGCUCUUUAUUGUAUAAUAAGUCCUUAUUUCCGCAGGACUUUACGUUAUAUGUUUUGUUGUCAUUGGUAUCACACGAGAAGACAGUCGUACAAAUUAAGUAUGUCUGAAAGUAACUAUCAUAUGCCCCUGAAAAAGAUGUCCGGCUUAUUAAGAUGAAAAUGAAAAUAUUCAUUACUUCAACUUUUAAAUUAUUUAAAUUACCAUAUUUACAUUUGAUCUAUAAAUGAUAUACUCCUUCGCAUAUGCAAAUAAAGCUUUAUCUAGUA